AUGUUCUCAAACAAAGUUGUACUUAUCACUGGAGCUAGCUCUGGUAUUGGUGCCCAGACUGCUAUAGACUUCGCUAAAGAGGAUGCGAAAGUUGCAAUUACAGGAAGAAACAAAGAAAAAUUGGAUGAUGUUGCCAAGCAAUGUAAAGAAAUUUCCCCCAAUAAGUUGAAACCGUUGAUCAUAAUCGCUGACAUGAAUAAGGAGUUUGAUGUAGAGCACAUAUUAAAAGUAACAAUUGCGGAAUUCAAAGACAUGCAUGUACUUGUAAAUUGCGCUGGUGUUCUCGAAUCUGGUACCAUAGAAAGUACUAACGCAGCGCAAUAUGAUAGGGUCAUGGAGACGAAUGUUCGGGGUCCAUAUUUGCUGACUAAGUUAGCAGUCCCUUAUCUUAUUCAAACGAAAGGUUCUAUAGUAAAUGUGUCCAGUGUUACUGGAUUAAGGUCUUUCCCAAAUGUUUUGGCUUAUUGCAUGUCGAAAGCUGCUUUGGAUCAGUUUACGAGAUGCGUCGCUCUCGAAUUGGCACCAAAAGGAGUACGCGUAAAUGCGGUUAAUCCUGGAGUAAUAACUACUGGCCUUCAUAUGAAAAGCAGUAUGAAUGAACAAGAGUAUGAGACAUUUAUAAAGAAAUGUGCGGAAACCCACGCAUUGGGCAGAGCUGGUGAAGCCAAGGAAGUUUCUUCUGCGAUCCUAUUUUUGGCAAGCGAUGGAGCGAGUUACAUCACAGGUGUCACUUUGCCCGUAGACGGUGGUCGCCAUGCUAUGUGUCCUCGAUAA